GGGGUUCACCAAUGCUCAUGCUCUAAGGCGCUUAACGAACUUCGACCUCGUCUUCUCCGUCAACUUCACUCCUUUAAACCUCUCAGAUCUCUCACUGUCAUUCAUCGAAUAGCAACAAUGGCGGCGUCUUCUUCGUUUUUAUCAACAGCUUCGCUAUCCAAUCCCAAGUCCACCAUUUCAUUCGCUUCCUCCGUCUCCCCUGCUCCCAUCCCUUCCCUCCGCCGCGUCGUUUUCCGCUCUCCGUCUUCUCACCGCAGAGUAAUGACGGUCCGAUCCAAGAUUCGCGAGAUUUUCAUGCCGGCGCUAUCCUCCACCAUGACGGAAGGCAAAAUCGUCUCCUGGAUCAAAACCGAAGGCGAGAAACUCGCUAAAGGAGAGAGUGUCGUCGUUGUUGAGUCCGAUAAGGCCGAUAUGGACGUGGAAACCUUCUACGACGGUUAUCUCGCCGCGAUCGUCGUCGGAGAAGGAGAAACAGCUCCGGUAGGCGCUGCAAUCGGAUUGCUGGCGGAGACUGAGGCUGAAAUCGAAGAAGCUAAGAACAAAGCCGCCUCGAAACCUUCCUCCUCCGCCGUUGUUCCAUCUCCUCCUCCAGCUACUUCAUCCCCCGCUCCGGCGAUCGCUCAGCCUUCUCCGGCGGCAGCGGCGUCAGAUGGUCCGAGGAAAACCGUAGCGACGCCGCAUGCUAAGAAGCUCGCGAAGCAGCACAAAGUGGAUAUCGGAUCCGUUGCAGGAACUGGACCAUUCGGUAGGAUCACGGCUUCCGAUGUGGAGGCGGCGGCUGGAAUAGCUCCCACCGUGACACCACCGCCUCCUCCUCCUCCUCCUGCAGCUGCACCAACACCAACAGCGAAAGCUACCACCACUAGCUCGCCUCCUCUAUUGCCUGACGCCAGCAUCGUCCCCUUCACAGCAAUGCAAUCAGCAGUAUCCAAAAACAUGAUUGAGAGUCUCUCCGUUCCAACGUUCCGUGUUGGUUACCCAGUGAACACUGAUGCACUCGACGCACUCUACGAGAAGGUGAAGCCAAAGGGUGUGACAAUGACUGCUUUAUUGGCUAAAGCUGCAGGGAUGGCUCUUGCUCAGCAUCCUGUGGUGAACGCUAGCUGCAAAGAUGGCAAGAGUUUUAGUUACAAUAGUAACAUUAACGUUGCGGUUGCUGUUGCCAUCAAUGGCGGGUUGAUUACGCCUGUUCUACAAGAUGCUGAUAAGUUGGAUUUGUACUUGUUAUCUCAAAAAUGGAAAGAGCUGGUGGGGAAAGCUAGAAACAAGCAAUUGCAACCUCAUGAAUACAACUCUGGAACUUUCACUUUAUCGAAUCUCGGUAUGUUUGGAGUGGAUAGAUUUGAUGCUAUUCUUCCUCCAGGACAGGGUGCUAUAAUGGCGGUUGGAGCUUCGAAACCAACUGUAGUUGCUGAUAAGGAUGGGUUCUUCAGUGUGAAAAACAAAAUGCUGGUGAAUGUGACAGCAGAUCAUCGUAUUGUCUACGGAGCUGAUUUGGCUGCUUUCCUUCAAACCUUUGCAAAGAUCGUUGAGAAUCCAGAUAGCUUGACCUUGUAGUAGAAGUCAAUGAGCCGUUUUUUUUUCUCAAGUAAACAAAAAGAAGAAGUGUUUUGAUUGUUACACUGUUCUUUCUUUUGCAGAUUGGUUCACUUGUAUCUGUAGUUUUGGACCUGUGUUGUGUCUUGGUUUUCCCGGAGUAAUCAUUUUGGGUUUUACACAAAUAAUUUCAGCUUUGAAAUGGUUUUCCCGGAGUAAUCAUUUCAGUAGACGCCGCCCAUUAUCUAUCAUCA